AUGGCCUCAAAGAUUGUGCUUGCUUCUCUCAUCGCCGUGUCGGCUGCCACAGAGGGCCUUCGACCAUAUGAAGCUCCUGGCCCGGAUGACUUGCGGGGUCCUUGCCCAAUGCUGAAUACACUGGCAAACCACAACUACCUACCUCACAACGGCCGCAAUAUUACAGCACAGCUAUUGUCCGAUGCAGUUACCGAAGCCAUCAAUUUCGAUGGUUGGGUAGCUUCAAAGGUCGGAAACGACUUCUUGAAGGCUGUGCACAAAUCCGCCUUCGAUCUGCCCGAACUUAACCGUCCCGGCAUCCUACAGCACAUUGCGUCCCUCACGCGAGACGAUGUCACCGACGUGGAUAGCCUAGACUGUGCUGCCUCCCCUGAGCGCAUCAAGCUUCUUCUAGAGGACAGCUCUACCGACUGCCUCACAGUUUCUUCGCUUGCAAAGACUCGUCUGCGCGUCGAGAACCUCUCAGCGCCUCAGGAAAUGACGCUGAUGGACACUGUUUUCGCGUAUUUGGAGGCAAGUCUUCUUUUGGGGAUGAUGAACGACGGGCCGCUUCCAUCGGGAUGGAGCUUCCCCUCGGCGGACUCGUAUUGCGCGCCCAAGAAGAAGGUCGAGACGUGGUUGACGGAGGAACGAUUCCCGGUCGAGCUGGGAUGGAAGAGAUCUGAGCGGAAGCUGGGCAUCAUGGACUUUCUGCCGGCUAUGAAGGGCGUGUUUGCGGAGACGAGGCUGCUGGCUGGAAAGGGGCCGCUGUGGAAGAUGUUUGUGCCCUCGUUUCUGCAGAAGCAGGAGACUCGUAGCGAGCUUUGA